AUGGAUGAAAUGGAAAAUGGCAACAGGGGUACUGUGCGACAAGAAGUCCCUGUUCGACUGAAGUCGAAGAUCUACAGGACGGUUGUCGUCCUGUUGCCCUUACGGAUCGAGUGCUGGCCGACAACGAAAGCCUUGGAAAGAGUGCUGCACGCUAUGGAGAUGCGGAUGUUGAGGUGGACGAUAGGUGUGACGCUAAAGAAAGUAUCCAACGACACUGUGCGCUCCAUCUUCGGUGUCGUCCCGAUAACUGAGAAGAUGAAGGAGGCGCGACUGAGAUGGUUUGGUCCGUCUUGCGGCGGGAGGAAGAUUCUGUUGCCAAAACCGCUCUGA